CGUCAUUUUGCCUUUUUAAAUUUUAUUCUCUAUGGCUAUACCUUUUUAGUCUAUGUGAUUCUCCUUUUCGUUUCGACAAGUCAAAAUGAAGAUCGGACUGUGCGCGUACAGUGGUUACAAGAUCUAUCCUGGCCAUGGUAAAACCAUGGUUAAGGUGGACGGCAAGUCCUUCACAUUCCUGAACUCAAAAUGUGAGGCCGCACAUCUGAUGAGGAGGAAUCCUCGUAAGGUGACAUGGACUGUGCUGUACAGGCGCAAGUUCAAGAAGGGUCAAGAGGAGGAGCAAGCCAAGAAGCGCACAAGGAGGACCCAGAAGUUCCAGCGUGCUAUUGUUGGUGCUUCACUCAGUGACAUCAUGGCUAAACGUAACAUGAAGCCCGAAGUGCGCAAAGCUCAGAGAGAACAGGCAAUCAAAGCUGCAAAGGAACAAAAGAAGUCCACAAAGGCCGCCAAGAAGGCCGCAGCCCCAGCACCUAAAGCCAAGACCGCUCCUAAAGCUAAGGCCGCUAAAGUCAGUCAAAAGUCUGCCCCCAGAGUUGGAGGAAAGCGAUAAGAACUUAAAUAAAUACUGAUUUUAUAAGCCUCAAA